GCUUGUUGUGGUGCAUUGAUUCUUUCUCUUCCUCCUCCCACCCCCCCUCCUCCCCGGACAUUUUUCCUAACUGGUGAUUCAGGCAGCUCGGUGGUUUAGCUUUCUGGGUUGCUUUUGUCACUAGUAGGUCUUGGGGUGGGCUGAAGGUUUGGCCCUGGUACGAUUCUAAGAUUAUGUGGUGUUUUGAAUAUCUUGGAAUGUCUUUUUCCCCCAUAUGCCCCCCCCACUGGUACCACUAAAUUUCACUCCAAGUCUAUGAGAUCCAGCCUGUUCUUAAUUCACCAAUGUUCUGUUUCUGCAGAGCAGGUGAAUACAGCAGUGCAAUGCUAAAACAUUGCACCGUUUGAUGUUACAGUUUUUAUUUACACAGUCAGAAUACCAGGAAAACAUUCAAUGAAAGAGAGGUCUGUGACCUGGCUGUUAUCUGUUACCCAAACCUUCUGAAGCUGCCCCCCGACUCAUCUAGGCGUGCAAUGUGAUGUAUUUUGUUUUAAGGGUGACCAUUUUUUUCCCCUCUAUUUCUCCCAAUUAUUGAACAACCCUUCCUUACACAGAGUGCAAGGCGAAUUUGUAUUGUGGUGAGCUGGGUGUCCACUUCCUCGUGAAUCUAUGAAGUUGACAGGAGAGAGAGGGACAACCCAACCAACAGCCCACACUGACCCAUGUCUGCAACUGCACAGAGAAGGAGAGACAACAGUGCAACUUGAACAAACUCAGCUGUUCUCCACUGAGCAGCAGCAGAAGGAGGAGGAGGAGAAGGGAGGAAAGGCUUCAUUCAGUUGAACAACAUAAGAAUAGGAGGAGUCGAGGAACAACCUUGUGCUGAGAAGUCCCUGGCCAGGCAUCGGAUCGCGGAGAAGAACAAAGCAACCGGGAAUGAAAGCUGCUCUUGUUUUCCUCCGGCAAUGUUUGACGAUAGUGUUUCUCCACGGAGCUCUGGAGCUCGGCUGCCUGGCUCAACAUGAACAGCAGCCUGGGGGGCAGACACAACGCCAGCCCAAGAUUCAGCUGCGUCUCAUGGGGCGGAGGAAGAAAGAAAGUGAAGGGCGGCUGGAGGUGUAUUACAGUGGGGAGUGGGGCACGGUGUGUGAUGAUGAAUUUUCCAUCGCGGGUGCUAACAUCGCCUGUAGGGAGAUGGGCUUCAUGGAUGCUGUGACCUGGGCACCAGGAGCCAAAUAUGGCCAAGGAGAAGGUCGUGUCUGGCUGGAUAACGUCCGAUGUCUUGGGAUUGAGAGCAGCAUUGCCCACUGCCCCUCGAAUGGCUGGGGAGUGACUGACUGCAGACACAGCGAGGAUGUGGGGCUGGUGUGCAGCGAAAGCAGGAUCCCCGGCUUCAGAUUCACCAACACGCUACCCAACCACAUUGAGGACGGUCUCGUUCAGGUGGAUGACGUCCGUGUCAGGGGGGUGUUCGGGAGCUCGAGGAAACGGGUCCCGGUUAAGGAGGGCUACGUGGAGGUGAAGGAGGGCGGAGUGUGGAAGCAGAUCUGUAACACGGGCUGGACAUUCAACAGCAGCCGAGUGAUCUGUGGCAUGUUUGGGUUCCCGGCGGAGAAGCAUUUCAAUGCCAAGGUUUACAAGUAG